AUGGGAACGUCGUACCUCAAAGACAACAGGCAAGACAUACUUCUACAACAAAACCUCGGGCCAGAGCACUUGGGAGAGUCCGAACCAACAAAGUGCCUCGCUGACGAGACAGAGGUCUUCCAGCGUCUCUGCAUCAGUGGAUGUUGCACCAGGAAAGACAUGAACAUCGAUCAAUCAGAGGAUUUCAUCCGGCUGAGUACCACUGAUUCUCUGUCUGCCAAGAUAGAGACUUUGGAUCCCGCCAGACAAGAGCUUGCGGAGCGGCAUGAUUCCUUGCCAGGCCGAUCAGAUCGCGGCGAGGGCUCACUUAGGAGGACCCCCUCCAUGAGCAGACUCGUGAGGUCCAAGAGCGUCAGCAACUUUCCCUCCGUCCAGGACCUCCAACGAGCAGUUGCGGAGGAGGCUGGUGGCAAGGACUUGUCUCUUCCAACCGGAAGUGCUGCUCUCAACCCACCGAACUUGAGGAUUCAACGGCUCAAGUCCCUGGGCUUCAAGUCCCUCCCGUCCUCUUCCAGCGCUCAAUAUCUCAAUGCGUCUCCUCCCACCACUCCGCAUGAUUCUUGUCCUGGCACACCAACGGCAGCGCUGGAGCGUCAGAGCAGUUCAGGGGAAGAGAGCAUGACAUUGAAGCCCAGCUUGUCGCCCGAUGCAGAGCCCAGCAAGGUAGGAAGGAGGGCAUCGGCCUCCUCGACCAGCAGCCCCGAACUGAAGGAGCUCAAAUCCGUACAGAGUGAGGCCAGCGCAGGAGAGAAGGCGCGUCGCUCGUCAGACAAGGUGAAGCGCGAGUUGAAGGCCAACGACGAUUGUUUCUACGUUGACAGGGAUGGAGGAAUAGUUCCCGCAAAGGUGGUGCGCGUGGACCAAAGCAUCGAUCCUCCAGGCUUCGAAGUAUACAUGAUCAGCAGGAACAGGUUCGUCGUGACAGAGAGAUUCAGGUUGCUCAAAGUGUCGGAGGCGACCGCGUACAUGGAAAGGAGGAAGCAGUCGAAGCAAGGGAGGAGUGAGGACCAGUGA